AAGGCGUGGGCAGCAGCUAGUGCUGUAUAUUAAAGCAUUCCCAUUCUCCGUGCUUCUACACGAGUGAGUGAGUGUAGAGAAACAGGAGGAAAAUGGCGAAAUCAUCAGAAGCACAACACCCACAGAAGGUUUUUGGUUGGGCUGCAAAAGAUACGUCUGGGAUCCUUUCUCCUUUCCAUUUCUCUCGAAGGGAAAAUGGUGAUGAAGAUGUGAGUAUAAAAAUCCUGUACUGUGGUGUGUGCCACUCUGACUUGCAUUCUUGCAGGAAUGAAUGGGGUAAUGCCCAUUACCCUCUGGUUCCAGGGCAUGAAAUUGUUGGUACAGUUACAAAAAUUGGGAGCAAUGUGAAGAAAUUUAAAGUGGGUGAUAGGGUUGGUGUUGGUGUUAUGGUGGGAUCUUGCAAGUCAUGCGAGUACUGCAAACAGGACUUGGAAAAUUAUUGCCCUAAACACAUAUUGACUUACAACUCCAUUGACAAUGAUGGGACAAGAACUUAUGGUGGUUAUGCUGAUAUGAUUGUUGUUGACCAAAACUUUGUGGUUCACUUUCCUGAUGGCUUACCUUCUGAUGCGGGUGCACCGCUAUUAUGUGCUGGGAUCACAGUGUACAGCCCAAUGAAAUAUUAUGGAAUGACUGAACCAGGCAAGCAUUUGGGAAUAGUGGGGCUUGGCGGGCUUGGUCAUGUUGCUGUGAGGAUUGCUAAAGCUUUUGGGUUGAAAGUUACUGUCAUUAGUUCCUCACCAAGGAAGGAGAGUGAAGCAAUUAAUAGACUUGGUGCUGAUGCAUUCCUUGUUAGCAAUGACGCUGGAAAAAUGAAGGGAGCUAUUGGUACUAUGGAUUUCAUCAUUGAUACAGUGUCAGCAGUUCAUGCCCUGGCACCACUUCUUAGUCUGCUGAAGGCAAAUGGAAAGCUGAUCACUUUGGGCUUGCCUAAUAAGCCCCUGGAGCUGCCUAUUUUUCCUCUAGUUUUGGGAAGGAAGCUUGUUGGAGGAAGUGACAUAGGAGGGAUGAAAGAGACACAGGAGAUGCUGGACUUCUGUGCAAAGCACAAUAUAACUGCAGAUGUUGAGGUGAUCAGAAUGGAUGAAAUCAACACAGCCAUGGAUAGGCUUGCCAAAUCUGAUGUCAAGUACCGGUUUGUGAUUGAUGUGGGAAGUUCCUUGUCUCAGUUAUGAUGCAUCAUUAGCUACUGUCUCUCUUCCUGGGGCCUGGAUUUUAGAAUAAAUUUUUAGCACAUCAUUCUAGUAUAUUUGAUGUGACUGAUGGAAAAUUUGAAACUUUUGAAAUGUUGUUGGAUGGAACGGAUGCUUUUCUCUGUGUUUGCCCUGAAUCUUCGACGUUUUCUAUUUCACUUCCCUUUAUAUAUGGUUAUCUCAAACAGAAACAUAUAUGAUAUUUGGUGGGAUAUAUUAUAUUUCUUUU